GCAAAACGAAGAUAAUGAAGAAUUUUUGCCAACUGGAGAAACCUCCAUAGACUCCUACCCAAACUGGUUAAAAUUCCACAUUGGCAUUAAUCGGUACGAGUUGUAUUCCCGACAUAAUCCUGCAAUUGAGGCUUUACUACAAGACCUGGUCUCCCAAAAGAUAACCAGUGUUGCUAUGAAAUCAGGAGGCACCCAGCUGAAGCUGAUCAUGACGUUCCAGAAUUACGGACAAGCAUUGUUCAAACCCAUGAAACAAACCAGAGAACAAGAAACCCCGCCUGACUUUUUUUAUUUCUCAGACUAUGAAAGACAUAAUGCAGAAAUAGCAGCAUUUCAUUUGGACAGGAUCCUGGAUUUCCGUCGCGUGCCACCGGUUGCAGGUAGACUGGUUAACAUGACGAGAGAAAUACGAGAUGUUACGCGUGACAAGAAACUGUGGAGAACGUUUUUCAUCUCACCAGCCAACAACAUCUGCUUCUACGGGGAAUGCUCCUACUACUGCUCAACAGAGCACGCCCUGUGCGGAAAACCAGACCAGAUCGAAGGCUCUCUUGCUGCUUUCCUACCUGAUUUGUCUUUAGCUAAAAGGAAAACCUGGAGAAACCCUUGGAGACGUUCCUACCACAAGCGCAAGAAAGCAGAAUGGGAAGUUGAUCCAGAUUAUUGCGAAGAGGUUAAACAAACACCCCCGUAUGACAGUGGGACCAGAAUUCUGGAUAUAAUGGAUAUGACAGUUUUUGAUUUCCUAAUGGGUAACAUGGAUCGACAUCACUACGAAACCUUUGAGAAGUUUGGAAAUGAAACAUUUAUUAUCCACUUAGAUAAUGGAAGAGGGUUUGGAAAAUAUUCCCACGACGAACUUUCCAUAUUGGUGCCUUUAAACCAGUGCUGCAGAAUAAGGAAGUCUACCUAUCUGCGAUUACAGUUGUUAGCCAAGGAGGAAUACAAACUCAGUGUCUUGAUGAAGGAAUCUUUACUAAAAGAUAAAAUAGCUCCCAUUCUCUACCAGCCUCACUUGGAGGCGAUGGACAGGCGGCUGCGGAUUGUCCUCAAGGCUGUUAGUGACUGUAUAGAAAAGGAUGGUUAUGACAAUGUGGUUGAAAAUGACUUUAACACUGAUGUUAACACUGUUACGACCGAGAGGUAGUGAAAUCGCAAGACUACGUUUUUACCAGCCAAGUAAAGAAGAUUCAAAGAGGAAAAAGAAAAAAAAAAA